AUGCCUUCAGUCCCGAUACGUUCGUUUUUCUUUUAUGUCCUGGUGACAACUGUCGUUGUUGUCCCACAGAGGCAUGUUACUGCCGUCCGCUUGGCAGUCUCCACAGGACUCUCACGAAAGGUGGGUGGGGCUGGCGGGGCGCCGCCGAAAGAAGACAAGAUCGGCGUGGCGCAACAUACAGCCGCAGACAUGGAGACCUUAAUUCAACAAAUCAGCACCAUAGACGAAGAGAAUGAAACGCGCAUAUACUUUAUAAAUCUCGGAGGGAGUUCCAGGAAAGAACUCUGGAAGCACGGGGAGGACAUUAAAAAGGCAAACGAGCAGCGACGAAGUCUCUUCGAUAAGCUUUUGAGCCUCCUCGUCGACCUAAAAAGGCUGAUCGCGGAGCUUCAAGAUUCCGACCCAGCCUCUACGCAAGGUGCAACAUCAGACCAUCUGACGCCACUGAAGGAUACCGUUUCGCGUGCGGAAGAGGUAUUGCAGAGGGGGCCAUCCGGCAGAGGGGCGUCCCCGUGA